AAGGAAGCGAUAAACAGUGCGAAGAAGAAAAAAGGCACUUCCGCAUAGUCACGGUUAGUUUACCUCAGCCGACCUGGUCAGCAGUUGUUGGCCCUGUCCUGACACAGAAUGGCUAAACAGAAAGACAAGAGACGAGAGAAAACCAGCGUCGCCACCGAGAUUGACCGUUUGGAGGAGCGGCGGGCGCGUUGCCGGGACAACCUGGAGAAGGCGGAGUUCAGGACCAGGAAGGAGAAACUCUCCGAAAAGGACAGACAGGAUCUGGAAGAUGAAAUGACAAUCAUGAAUGAAAGGGUGCAAAAGCUCGACAAGGAGCUGGAGACCUUAAGAGGAGAGAAUCGGAAGAACAUGCUACUGUCAGUGGCUCUGCUUGCUGUCAGCGCUCUAUUCUACUAUAUAUUUUUCUACAAUGAGGAGAACUCGUGAUACCACACGGUAUCUUGAGGGGACGUACAGCUCUCAUUCCUGACACUUGAAAGAGAAAUAAAGUGCAGUGUUGAUGCAGUACCUCAGUUCUGCCUCUAGAUGGCAUCACGUCAUCGUCUCCAUUUCGCCACCACAGCUUCCUCAACGGUGAAAUCUGUGUAAGAACCAUGUUUCAAUACUUAAUAAUGUCUGCAUUGGUCUCUCAGUAUAGCUGAAUAUGUCUCACUUCUCACUAUUUUCUUUUUUUUGUUUAGAAAGUACAGUUAUUUUCUGUAUUCCAAUGUAAGCUGGAACCUGGUGGUACAUUAUUGUCAUUACUCAGCUUGUGUGUGACCAGAAAAAGAAGUCUGUGGGCUAUUUCAGCAGCACUGAAACUACUUGAAUAGUCAUACUUGGCUAUCGGGUAACAAAAUCGAAUAAUUCACCAGCGUGUGACCUGCCUGUAAGUUAUCCCAGGGUAAUCCAAAAAUGUUGGACAUCUGCACUCUACUGCAGGUGACCAGGGUUGUAUUGUAAAUUUUCACUGCUGUGGAAAACGCCUUCCUGUUUAAUAUGACAACAUAUUCAACAUCACUGAGACUUAAUGACAUUAAAACUAUACGUUUUGCCUAAUGCGACAAAUAAAACUAAUAUCACUAUUUUAUAUAAUGUAUUGAUGAGACACUUGAUGCCAAAUACAACUGAUCUUAACAAUACUUUGCAUGUGCAUGUCAGACGGAUGGAUGGAAAUCCGGAAAGAAGUAAAUGAUCCAGAAUCUGAAGAAUGUAUAGUUUUCAUGACAUAACAAUGCUGUAAUUCAACUAUCUCUAAAGAAGCGCUUAAAGAUGCCAAAGAUGUUCAAAACUAUCGAUUCAACAGUUAAGAAAAAGGAGAAUAUUGGAACUUGGUGUGGUCUUUAUACUUGCUUUCAUUCGUUCUGUUCAUGUUAUUGUCUGUUAGUUUUUUUCCAUGAAUGUAAUAAACACUUAAUAUCCAAUUUGGAAGCA